AUGUCGCCUGAUUCUUCGGACGCUCAGCCUGAUAUGUAUCAUAAAAAUGCACGACAGCAAAACCGCUGGAUAUUUGCCGGAACCAACCCUUAUAAAAACCUUCCACUAAAAAUGAAAAAUAAAGCAGACCACUUCCGGGAUGAGGACUGUAUGCUGGAAUCUGAGGCCCCCGGCCAUGCACGGCCAGCCUCCGCCUUUGAGAGAUCUCGGUAUAAUUCAGCCGCAAGGAAACCACUGGAUGCUUUUGUGUCUAUCAGGGCCUUUCUCCAUAAGAAUGUUGCUCAGGGAAACAAACUGUACACAAUAUGGUGUCCUGAAGGCGAUGAGGAGAUGAAGACGCUAGUAUGCCACACGAUCUAUUACACAUUUUUGAAGAUGUUUGAAUUACAACACAAGAAGAAGGAUUCUGAUGUUAUCUUAGACUGCGGCAGCACCACCUCGGAAGCCCCCGCGAGUUCGACCAGCGACGCCAGCAGCUCGAGCUCCUCCUCCUCCAGCAGCAGCAACAGGGACACCAACGAGACGACGCCCGCGCCGCCCACGCCUUCCCCCUCCACCACGCCCACCACCACGCCCAAGCCACGGCCGAUCAAGCUGGAGGAGAACGACGAGAAACGACUCCUGGACGACCUGAUGCUGGGCUACGACAGGGACGUCCGGCCGGUGAAGAACGCGUCGCACCCCAUCGUGAUCCAGCUCGGCAUCACGCUCACGCAGAUCUUCGACAUGGAUGAAAAAAAUCAAGUUUUAACAACCAAUGUUUGGCUGGAUCAGGAAUGGGUUGACGAGCUCCUGCAUUGGGAUCCAAGCGACUACAACGGCCUUGAGACGAUCCGGCUGCCGUGCGAGCGAAUCUGGCUGCCGGACAUCGUGCUCUACAACAACGCCGACGACUACACGCGCGGCUACAUGCGGAGCAAGGCGAUGGUCGGCUACGAGGGCAAGGUGUUCUGGCCGCCGCCCACCAAGUUCCGCUCCACCUGCCCCGUGGACGUCACCUACUUCCCCUUCGACGACCAGACGUGCAUCCUCAAGCUCGGGUCUUGGAUCUACGACGGCUUCCAGGUGGAUGUAACCAACAGAACGGCUGAUGUUGAUCUUACAAACUACAUUCCCAAUGGCGAGUGGGAAUUGCUGGAAGCAAGAAUCAUUAGGAAUGUCAUCUACUAUUCCUGUUGCCCUGAACCAUUCCCGGAUGUCACCAUAACAAUCACUAUAAGACGGAAGACCCUGUACUACAUGUACAACGUGGUCCUUCCGUGCAUGAUGAUGUCGGUGCUGACGCUGCUGGUGUUCUGUCUGCCGCCGGACUCCGGGGAGAAGAUCGCCCUGGGCGUCACCGUCCUGCUCGCCUUCAGCGUCUUCAUGCUGGCCAUCGCCGAGAAGAUGCCCGAGACCUCGGAGUCCAUCCCGCUCAUCGGCAUCUAUCUCACGGCAGUCAUGACCAUCACGUCGAUCAGCAUCAUCAUGACAGUCAUCGUACUCAACUGUCAUUAUCGUGGGCCCAUUCAGCGCGAGGUCCCCCCUUGGAUGAGAAGAAGUAUAGUUCGUUCAACUGCAGCUGCUUAUACUCGUAGCCGUUAUCCUUCUCCUGCUCUUGUGAUACCGAGGUGUCUGAUGUUCCUGAGCAGCCCGGCGCUCGAGAAGACCAAGACCAACUCCUCCUCCAACAGCAACACCAGGACGAAGCGCAGCCUCUUCAGCCGGGGACUCAAGCGGCGCCGCACGAGGUCCAGCAACGGCAGCGAUGAGGGCGGCCUUACCAAUGCCCACGCUCCCGCCCACGCCCGCGUCGUCACCACAGCCCUUUAUGGAGACUAUCCCAACAGUAUCAGCAAGGAUCACAUACCGAAGGGCGACACAAUCCGCCUGACGGUGGAAGGUAUGGCGGAGGAGGUGAAGGAGGCGGGGCCCGGCGACUACUCCAGCGCAGAGGACCUCCAUAAUCUCAACAUCGGCUGGCGGGAGUAUAAUAAUGACAACAACUCCUUCAGGAGGACCAACUCAAAUAGCGCCUACAGCCCCAACCUGGCUGCCCUGGGCACCAACCGCGCACAGGAGGAGAUCGUGCGGGCGCUGAAGAUCCUCCUGAGCCGUCAGGAAAGCCAAGACGCCGACAAAAAGCGCCUCAAUGAGUGGCGCGUCAUUGCCAUCGCGGUCGACCGCAUCCUCUUCUGGAUCUUCUUCUUCGUCACCACCGUCAGCUCGCUGGUCUUCCUGGUGAUCCUGCCGGUCGUCAAGCGCUCAGAAUACGUCCGCAAUACCUGA